AUGCAGGCCACUGGUCUCCCAGAGCUCCCUGACAGCAGGGGCUCCUUCUCUCUCCCCACGAUGGGUGCCAACAUCUCUCAGGACAAUGGCACCGGCCACAAUGCCACCUUCUCUGAGCCGCUGCCGUUCCUCUAUGUGCUCCUGCCCGCCGUGUACUCUGGGAUUUGUGCCGUGGGACUGACUGGCAACACGGCCGUCAUCCUUGUAAUCCUGAGGGCGCCCAAGAUGAAGACGGUGACCAACGUGUUCAUCCUGAACCUGGCCAUUGCCGAUGGGCUCUUCACACUGGUACUGCCUGUCAACAUCGCAGAGCACCUGCUGCAGCACUGGCCCUUCGGGGAGCUGCUCUGCAAGCUGGUGCUGGCCAUCGACCACUACAACAUCUUCUCCAGCAUCUACUUCCUAGCUGUGAUGAGCGUGGACCGAUACCUGGUGGUGCUGGCCACUGUGCGGUCCCACCACAUGCCCUGGCGCACCUACCGGGGGGCAAAGGUCGCCAGCCUGUGUGUCUGGCUGGGUGUCACGGUUCUGGUUCUGCCCUUCUUCUCUUUUGCUGGCGUCUACAGCAAUGAGCUACAGGUCCCAAGCUGUGGGCUGAGCUUCCCGCGGCCCGAGCGGGUCUGGUUCAAGGCCAGCCGUGUCUACACGUUGGUCCUGGGCUUCGUGGUACCUGUGUGCACCAUCUGUGUGCUCUACACAGACCUGCUGCGCAGGCUGCGGGCCGUGCGGCUCUGCUCUGGUGCCAAGGCUCUAGGCAAGGCCAGGCGGAAGGUGACCAUCCUGGUCCUCGUCGUGCUGGCCGUGUGCCUCCUCUGCUGGACGCCCUUUCACCUGGCCUCUGUCGUGGCCCUGACCACAGACCUGCCCCAGACCCCACUGGUCAUCAGCAUGUCCUACGUCAUCACCAGCCUCAGCUACGCCAACUCGUGCCUGAACCCCUUCCUCUACGCCUUUCUAGACAACAACUUCCGGAAAAAUUUCCGUACCAUGUUCGGGUGCUGA